AUGAGCUUAAAUCUUUUAAAAAAUGAAUCAAACCUUUAUAUCGGCUUAGAUUUAUCAACACAACGACUGAAACUUACGGUUAUAAAUGAUAAUUGCCAUAUAGUAUUUGAAGAAUUUGUACAUUUUGAUAAUGAGUUAGGUCAUUAUGGAAUAAAAAAUGGAGUAAUAGAAAAUGAAAAUGUUGUGACAUGUCCUACAAUGAUGUGGGUAGAAUCUAUAGAUUUAUUGCUUGAAAAACUUCAAUCUCAAGGGUUUCCUUUCUUUAAAGUUAAAGCAAUUUCUGGGACUGCACAGCAACAUGGAAGUGUAUACUGGUCUAAUACUUCACAGCAUACCUUAAACACACUAAAUCCAUCAUAUUCAUUAGCCACUCAACUAGAAUCUAAUAAAGUGUUUUCAAUUCCAAAUUCUCCAACUUGGCAGGAUUCAAGUACUUCACUGCAAUGUAAAAAUUUGGAAAAAUUAAUUGGUGGUCCAGAUGUAUUGACACGUAUAAGCGGGUCUAGAGGAUUUGAAAGGCUCACUGGUAAUCAAAUUUCAAAGAUUUGUCUUAAAUCUCCAUCUCAAUAUAAAAAAACCUCCAGGAUAUCUCUAGUUAGCUCAUUUCUAGCAUCAAUAUUUCUUGGUGAUUUUGCUCCCAUUGAUAUUGCGGAUGGUUCAGGAAUGAAUUUACUUGACAUUAAUAAAAAAAAUUGGGAUGAUAGAUUAUUAAAUAUUUGUGGCAAAUAUUCUGCUGGCACCAGUGAAAAUGAAGUUAAAUUUGAUGAAGAAUUAAAGAUGAAACUUGGAGUUCCUGAAAGUGAUGGAUUAAAAAUUCUAGGGAAUAUUAGUGAUUAUUUCGUUAAAAGAUACGAAUUUAAUUGUAAAAUAAUUCCAUUCACCGGUGACAAUCCUGCAACUCUUCUCUCUCUUAACCUAUCACCGGGUGAUGUGGUAAUUUCGUUAGGGACAUCAGACACAGUACUGUUUUAUACAGAAAUUUCUCAUCCAACACUUGAAUCACACACAUUAUGCCAUCCAGUUAAUAAAGAUUUAUAUAUUUCUAUGUUGUGUUAUAAGAAUGGAAGUUUAACGAGAGAAUACGUUAGAGACUCAUAUUACACUGAAAACAAUCGAGAUUGUGAAAAAUUUAGUGAUUCUUCUAUGAAAUGGAAAUGGUUCAAUGAAAUUCUUAAAACUUCAUCUCCAGAUCCAAAUAAAUAUGGAUUUUAUUUUUUGAAUCAAGAAAUUAUUCCAUUUGCUAAGGGCGUUUAUCGUUUCUCCAACAAACGCAUCGUUGAAGAAUUUCAAGAUAUGCCGGAGCACAAUAUUAGAACUGUAAUUGAGUCACAAUUUAUGUCUAUGAAAUUAAGGGUUGAUCAACUAAUGAUGAACGAUAGGAAAGUAGAUGGAACGAUUAGGAAGGUGUUAGUGGUUGGAGGUGCAAGUAAAAAUGAUGAAAUGCUACAGGUAUUAGCAGAUGUUUUUGGAGUACAGGUUUGGAGAUGUAAUGUUGGGAAUAGCGCGUCGUUAGGUGCUGCAAUUAAAGCUAGAUUGGCUUUUAGUAAGUUUGUGAAAGAUAAUCAAUUAGAUAUUGAUAUCGGUGAAAUGUUGGUGUUCGAAGGUGAUGAUGAAUUGGUGGCACAACCAAGACAAGAAAAUACUUCAAUUUAUAAAAAUAUGAUGAAAGAUUAUUUGGAAUUGGAAAAAGUAGUUAUUGGAUUGCAGAGUGCAUAA